UUAUUAUUUAUUGUUAAUCACCUCCUUUUCGUACACCUCUCUAUUACGGAGAGUGCGGCUCACAGGCCAAAAACUCCGGUCUAUUUCGACGAGUAGAGGCUUAUAUAUGUCAUGAAUGCCACAAAUAAGGGAGAUACUUAAAAAAAUCACUCCUUGUAGUGGGCGGAAUGCAAGGGGGAUAAAAGACCGCUAUGGUGCCUUGUGCGGAUUCUCAGCAUCACGCCAGCAAAAGUACAGUUAUGAAAGAGGAUGAUAAUGAAGGUUGGCCAGGUCUUUACCUGGAGGAGAAAUGUUGUUUGACGGUGUGUCAAGAGGCCAGGUGGCGAUCGGCGAUGUUGCCGGCCGGGAUGGUGGAUCCGCGGGUGUGCCUGGAGCCGGUGCUCGGUCAUCCACCACGUGGAGGACGAGACCUGCCGAUUGGCAACGCCGCUACCCGCAGACAAUGGCCACCUCGCUCCUGCCUUCGGACCCCAUUUCCAUAGCCGACCCUCAUUCGUAUUCGUCCCACUUCCGAAGAACGGAAAAU